CAACUUCGCAGCCAGCUAUCAACUUAAACGUUCACCAUGCAGUACUGGGAACCAGGAGUUUAUUACGAGUCCGGAUCCGUCGUCGAGUACGAAGGCCACCGCUACAGGAUCAUUCAACCGCACACCAGUCAAUCGGACUGGACCCCGCCGGUCACCCAGGCCCUCUGGGGCCGCUUGCAGGACGGAGACCAUGGCGGCGAACACCGCCAGCACGAGGAGCACCGUCACCAUGAAGAGGAGCACCGUCAUCAUGAAGAGGAACAUCGCCAGCAGAAUUACGGCGGCGAAUAUCGGCACGACGAGAAGCAGUCGUCGUUUCAGGCACCUCCGGACGGCCAGGAGGUCCAAAUCCACCACGAGGAGCGCGAGAAGCACUGGUACGAUCUGGACGACAAACGUAAGCAGGAGCUCGAGGUCGGUGGAGGGCUUCUUGCCGGCGCUGCUCUACUGGCCGGUGGCUAUGCGGCUUGGAAAGGUCAUGAGAAGUCGCAGGAAGAGGAAAAUGCGCAUAAGUGGUCCCUGCAAAACUGGGUGCAUGAUGCGGAAGUUCGUGCUGAGAAGUUCCGUAACUAUGGGCCGCAAUCGCCAGCGACGUGGGUUCUGAAUCGGGGCAAGAACAUUCCCCAAGGCGCAAUCGCUGUGGGGCAAGAGCACUCAUGGACCUUGUACAUCUGUCGGGCGUACCACGAGGGCGGAAUCCUUAUAGGCAAAGCCUCGGACGCGUUCAAGAAAGGCGCUGUGAUCGGCUAUCGCCACGAGGAAGUCCAUCUCGAUAUAUACGAGAUUCUUCUGGGUGAUAUGAAUGGCCUGCGUUGGGUGCCGGCUCAGGGCCGCCUGAACGUCGCCAGUCUCGGCUUCCGGCCGGUCGAGGGAGGUAAGGAGGCCAGCGGAACUCCACUAUAUAUUGCGGAGGCCCCGUACAACGGGGCCGUCCAUCCAGGAAAGGCUAGCGAAGAUCUGGACGGCGCAUACAUUCCUUAUGAUGGGACCGAGAAAUGCGUCAAGCUGAUUGCCGCAGACUCGGUCGUCGGCCGCUGGUUUCGUCUCGAAGGAAGCGGACACCCCAAGGAGCGUAUAGGCUCUCGCUUUACGACUGAGAUUAGAGCCGGUUUGACGACAUGGGCUGCCAUGGCAUACAUCAUUUCCGUGAACGCAGCUAUUCUGGCCGAUUCUGGAGCUACCUGCGUCUGUCCGACCCCCGACCACUGUCCGAAUGGCUCCAAUCCCGAGUACGACGUCUGCCUAGGGGAAGUUCGGAACGACCUCAUUAUUUCGACGGCCGCUGUCGCUGCACUCGCCUCGUUCCUGAUGGGUUUUUUGGCCAACCUUCCCGUCGGCAUGGCUCCCGGUCUCGGCUUGAACGCCUACUUUGCUUACUCCAUCGUCGGCUACCAUGGACAGCACAAAACCACCUACCAAGAGGCCUUGGCUGCGGUGUUCCUUGAAGGGUGGAUUUUCUUGUUCCUGAGCAUCAUAGGGCUUCGUCAAUGGAUUGUUCGCAUCAUGCCCCAGAGUCUCGUUCUAGCUGUAGGGGCGGGAAUCGGCUUGUUCAUAGCGUUGAGUGCUUUGCUCCGAUUCAUAGGAUUGUCCAAUGGCGGCCUCAAGGUUAUUGGAGGUGAUAUCACCAACUACGUCGGCCUGGGCGGUUGCAAACCAGAAGACAUGCUUCCCGCUCUGCCGGGCUUUUGCGCAGGCGGCCAGCUCCGGAGCCCCACGAUGUGGCUGGGUAUCUUCCUCGGAGGCAUCCUCACUGUUCUUCUCAUGCUUUAUCGGGUCCGGGGAGCAAUUCUAAUCGGCAUCUUCCUAACUUCCAUCGUCUCCUGGCCUCGAUCUACUGCCGUCACCUACUUUCCUCACACGCCGGCAGGCGACGCUGCGUUCGACUACUUCAAGCAAAUCGUUCAUUUCCGUCCCCUGCAGAAAAUCGGGAAUGUGAUCGAUUAUCAUUACGGGCAAGGCCGAGUCUGGUAUGCGCUGAUCACGAUGCUUUACGUGGAUAUUCUGGACACCACCGGCACCCUGUAUUCGAUGGCCAAAUUCGCAGGUCUGCGGGAUCCCGUGACUAUGGACUUUGAGAACUCGACGAUUGCCUACUGUGUGGAUGCGUUUGCGAUCAGCAUGGGCGCGCUCAUGGGAAGCAGCCCUGUGACAGCCUUCAUUGAAAGCGCCACCGGAAUCAGCGAGGGCGGCAAGACCGGGAUAACGGCUAUGGUGACAGGCCUCUGCUUCUUUGUUUCGGUCUUCUUUGCUCCCAUUUUUGCAUCCAUCCCCUCUUGGGCCACCGGAGGAGCCUUGAUCAUUGUGGGAAGCCUUAUGAUUCGCAACGUCCGCGACGUGAACUGGGACUACAUCGGUGAUGCCGUGCCGGCCUUCCUCACUAUCAUUAUCAUUCCGCUCUCUUACAAUAUUGCUUACGGUGUCAUCGCCGGAAUUCUCUCUUAUAUCCUAUUGAACGGCAUUCCCUGGAUCAUCGCGCGUCUUAGCGGGAACAGAAUCCUGCCGCCUAACAUCGACAUGUCGGAGGAAUGGAGCAUUCCGCCGGGCAGCAUCAUUCCUUUCUGGAUGCGCAAGCUGGUCGGGAUGGUCGAUGAGCAGCCGGAGGACAGCACCGGUGUGCAGCUGGAGGUCCGGGGCCAAUCUGCUUCGAACGACACUGAUGCACGGUCGGAAAAGACCGACGAGGCGAGCAUUAUGGAACCCAGAAAACACCGACUCAGGUGAUCUCACCUGUCUCUCUUCAAGGGUCGGGUCGCUUGAACGCUUGCUUGCGUGCUUCAUCAUCUUGUUAGAUAAUUGUCCACCCUUUUUGAAUUGUUGUGCACUUGGAUUUGGGUCCAGGGUGGAUGUAUCAUUAACUGUAUCUACUCGCAGUAACAUAGACUUCCGUCGCUCUUGUCCGCUGCUAUAUGUACGAUGUCGGCUAAUUCAAUGAACUCUUCGGCUACAGUAAAAUAUAUAAAUUAUUAUAUAAAUACCCUACUUAUGUAUUUCUGCGGUGCCUGGAUGGCUGUGCCUCUCUGACAAAUCCCAUAUGUGCAG